UUAUAUAUUCAUAGUUAUCUAAUACUGUUUUUGCCAGUUUCUCCUUUUGAACUGUUUUGUUUCCCAGUGCUGCUGUGAAAUAAUUGCACAAAUUAAGGACUGUAUUAGCAUGCUCUGGGAUUUAAUAAUUUUAAAACAUCUGCUCAGUGUGACUGUAUAUGGAAUUGUUAAUUUUGUCUCUGAUGUGCUGUAUUCUCGUAUGAAUAAGAAAUGUGAGGUUUUGAACUACAUGCUAUAAAGUACUCUAUUUUCUCCCUCAAACAGAGUAAAGGUUGUCACAGAAUGUAAAGGCUGUUGUAAGUGGGAAGAAAAUAAGCACAAAACUUGAAUCCUAAUCCAAAUAAAUGAGCUGAUUAAUUCUGCGGAUUCACAGUUCUUCACGUUUAUGAGUAUUUUUUUCCCCAAAAGUAGGUACUAGGACAAUAGCAGUUUUAAGGGUCUUCACACCAGAUAUGCAGUUUGAAAAGGCCUUUCAAGCUCACAACAGACUCACCAUAUGGAAAUAGGACUAGGCAGGUGAGCACACUCACCAUAGGAGUCUCUUAAGAUCCUAAAGAUAAGAGUCAGUGUGAUUUCAGAAACCAGCCAUAGAGUAUUUGGGGUAAGAGUGACUCGUCUGUGAGCUAACUUAGACUGAUUUGUUUCAGGUUGGUUUGUAAAUUGACCUAGGCCUAAUUUAAGCAGGUUAACGGUUUCCAGCAGAGAAUGCUGUGAGCUCUAGUUAGACUGCAGGGGUGGUCAUCAGCAUCAACCAUGUGGCCAGUGGUAAUUCGGAUAGAAAGUGUGCAGGAGAUCAAAAAUAUACUGGUUAGGGAGUAUAUUAGGCGUUUUUGCUAUGAACUACUGUUCCUCAGUGAGUCCUGACUGAGGAAUGAAUACUGAGGGAAUUAGCUAAAAUGAAAAAGGCAGUUAUGGGUCAACUGUCAGGUUUGUAUUUUAUACGCCAAAUAAUUUUGGGAUGCUUGCUUUUUAGCCAGGGAGGCUUGUUCACUGAACCAUUUGGAAAAUCUAGUUUUACCUUUUUUCCCCCAAAACUUAAAUUGAGUGGAGGCCUGCAAUUCAACUUUCUGGAAAAUCUGUUACAUGAGAAAAAAAGAAAUAUUAAGAAAGAGUGAGCUCAAAAGUCAAAGCAUAAUAUUAGUUAUGCACUAAAGGUUGGUUGCACGUUUUUUUGAUUCCACCACACAAUUUCUACAUGAAUAUGGAUAAAUAUAUUAUCCUGGAUGUAGUUUAUUACUUUGCAUUGAAUGUGUUAUUGAUAAAACUGGCCAAUAUAUUUAGCUUACAAGAUCCUGUAUGAUUCCAGUAUUUUGCUUUCUGUAAGUACUGAAUUUCAUCUUGCCUCCAGCUGAUAGCAACGACAUUUGGGGAAAAAAAAAAAGUGUGAGGCAGCUCUUCUGAUAUUUUUGGAUGCCAGUUUGGAAAGCAUUUUGGAAUAUCUGUUUAACCCAUUGUGUCAGGUUUCAGAUGCACAAAAUCAAGAGCGCUCUAAUUGUAACCUCCAUGCAUUAUGUUUCUGCAGCUGUUUUAAGAUAAAAAUGAAUGCUCUCAAACAUAUGCUGCAUUUCAGAUAAAAUGUUUUGUUGUUUUUUUUUUAAAGCACAGGCUGCUUUCUGCCAAGAUUGAGGUAGACCUCUCUGAUCUGGUUUCUGUAUUUAUAGAAGCCUAAUCAAAGCUUUCUCCUGCAAGAAAACAAUGCUUAGCUUCCGAGCGUGUGAUCUCAUGGCACUGAUGUGAAGCUGUCACACAGCAUGUCCGUCUGUCCUUCCCCUGCUGUAGUUCUGCAGGAGCUGUACAGAGCCCAUGUGUAGAUAGAGUUGCUGUCCUGCCCUGCUGCUUGGUGAGCCUCAGCUCUCCCAGAGAUGCUGCCUUUCCCUCUGCCACCCACACACACUGCUGCUCCCGCUCAGAUCGGUUGCUUAAUCUACCUUUAAAAAGGCAUUUUUGUUUUCCUUGAGAGCUUUGGACAGACUAUGCCAAUUGAAACCAUUGCACUUGCAUGUUCUUGCUUGGAGACAGAUUUUCACAUCUAGUUUCCAGUGCCAUCAGUGGAUGUUGGCAGAAAUAAGCCAUUUUUUACUAUUUGGAAAUGCAUAAAUGAUUUGGAAAUAUUUUGUUUUCUUGCAUAUAUUAAAUACUGUGAAGUUAGGCUUUCUGCAGGAAAAUCAGGUAGAGCAGACAUUACAUUUGAAAUACAAAUUAUCAGGUCCUUGUCGAGGGACAGAAUUAAUUCUGCCACAGAGACUAACAUGCUCCUCAGAAGUUUAACCUCAUGUGCUGUUAGAUAUUAUUAUGGGCUUGUUCAUAAUAAACAAAACCCUACUGGUUUCUCCUUGCUUCUCCCCCUUUUGAACAGCUUUUUUACCUUUCUUGCUUUCCUUUCUGGUGGGCUUCUUCCCCGAAGCGAUGACUGACUUGUCUCCUACAAGCUUUGGCUUCUGCAGCACAGCCUAGGUGCAACUAAUGCCUCACGGAGGGAUGCUUGGACAACCCAUGCCUUUUGUUUGGUUAAUGGCAUGUUUUGCGUGUUGGAUUUUUUAACCCACUACUUUCUGCAUGGAUGUGUAAUAAUGACUCUUUUGUUUAACAUUAGAUAAGCAUGAGAUCACCGUGGCACAGCUGCAUGUGUAGUCACUCUUGAAGCAAUUGCACACCUAAUUGGCUAACAAUCUUGGCAUCUUUAAAACAAACACAAGCCUUUUAAAGACAGGGGACUUAUUUAUGUAUGAAUAGUCAAAUAAACCUGUUGGGUGUCAUCAAUGGAGUCCUCUGGCACUGAACAGUUGUGUGAUGACCCUGAUCCUGGAGGCAAAUCCCAAGAUCAAGAGACCAAAAAACAACAUGAAUCAGAGCAGAAAUUGUCCAAAAUAACCCAUAAUGCUUUGGAGAACAUUAAUGUGAUUGGUCAAGGCUUGAAGCACCUUUUCCAGCAUCAGCGCAGGAGGUCAUCAGUCUCUCCGCACGAUGUGCAGCAAGCUCAGGCUGAUCUGGAGCCUGACGUGGAUCUGGAAAGCCAAAGCGUCUGUGCUGAAAUUGAUGGUGUCUCCACCCACCCCACAGCUCUGAACCGGGUGCUCCAGCAGAUAAGAGUGCCACCUAAGAUGAAGAGAGGGACCAGCCUGCACAGCAGGCGGGGCAAGGCAGACGCCCCGAAGGGGAGCCCGCAGAUCAGCAGGAGGUCUGCCCAGGACAUCCAGUCGGGCCGGCCUAGAUCCUCAUCGACUACAGAUGCGCCCACAAACUUGUCCGUGAUGGAGAUUGCUUCUUCUAUCUACGUAGGUGGAGAGGAGGCCACGGCAGCAGCAAUCGAGCGGUUGGAAGUCAGCAGCCUCGCACAGACCUCCAGUGCAGUGGCCUCCAGCACCGAUGGCAGCAUCAACGCCGAUUCUGUUGAUGGGACCCCAGACCCUCAGCGGACAAAAGUGGCUAUCACACACCUACAGCAGAAGAUACUGAAGUUGACCGAGCAGAUCAAAAUUGAACAAACAGCCCGUGAUGACAACGUGGCAGAGUACCUGAAACUGGCCAACAACGCAGACAAGCAGCAGAGUGCCCGCAUUAAGCAAGUGUUUGAGAAGAAAAACCAAAAGUCAGCACAGACCAUCUUGCAGCUGCAGAAGAAACUAGAACAUUACCAUCGAAAGCUGCGAGAGAUUGAGCAGAAUGGGAUCCCUCGGCAGCCGAAGGAUGUCUUCAGGGAUAUGCACCAGGGUUUGAAAGAUGUUGGAGCAAAAGUCACUGGCUUCAGUGAGGGAGUAGUCGACAGCGUCAAAGGUGGGCUUUCCAGUUUCUCCCAAGCCACACACUCGGCAGCAGGAGCUGUGGUUUCCAAGCCCCGGGAGAUUGCCUCCCUCAUAAGGAACAAGUUUGGGAGUGCAGACAACAUUGCUAAUCUGAAAGACUCCUUAGAAGAAGGCCAGGAAGAUGGGACGGGAGGCAAGGCUCUAGGUGUUAUUCAGAACUUUCAGUCGAGUCCAAAAUAUGGCAGUGAAGAGGAUUGCUCCAGUGCCACGUCGGGCUCAGUGGGAGCCAACAGCACAACAGGGGGCCCUGUGGGAGCUUCCAGCUCCAAAACAAACACUCUGGAUAUGCAGAGCUCAGGGUUUGAUGCAAUACUGCAUGAGAUUCAAGAAAUUCGAGAGACACAGUCAAGACUGGAAGAAUCAUUUGAGGACCUUAAGGUUCGCUAUCAGAAGGAUUACUCAUUAAUAAUGCAGACGCUGCAGGAGGAGCGGUACAGAUGCGAGAGACUGGAAGAGCAGCUGAAUGACCUGACUGAGCUCCACCAGAACGAGAUCCUUAAUUUAAAGCAGGAGUUGGCCAGCAUGGAGGAGAAAAUCGCCUACCAGUCUUACGAGCGAGCACGGGACAUCCAGGAGGCUCUGGAGGCCUGCCAGACCCGCAUCUCCAAGAUGGAGCUGCAGCAGCAGCAGCAGCAGGUGGUGCAGCUGGAGGGGCUGGAGAAUGCCACGGCCAGGAACCUGCUGGGGAAGUUCAUCAACAUCCUCCUGGCCGUCAUGGCUGUCCUCCUCGUCUUUGUCUCCACCGUGGCCAACUGCGUUGUGCCCCUCAUGAAGACUCGCAAUAGGACGUUCAGCACUUUAUUUAUAGUGGUUUUCAUUGCCUUUUUGUGGAAGCACUGGGACGCCAUCACCGGCUACUUGGAACGGUUCUUGUCCCCCCCCAGAUGAUGGUGGCAGGACCUGGCUGCGUCACCCUCCUCCCGGCACUCUCGGCGAGCAAGCGUGGCAAAGAUUAGUCAGCAACUACUCCGCUGAAGUUUUAAAGUGUCCGAGUGAAUUUGUUUACAUUUAGAAUAACGUUUUUUCUCUGCGAGAUGCAUUGCAAUAGUAUUUUUUAGAUUUUAUUCAAGAACUCUUUUUGGCGAGAAUCCUGGAUAAUUUUUAUGUAGCAUGGUUCUCUUUGGAUGCAAAUCUUAAGAUUCUUUAAAGUGUACAAAAGAAAUAAAUAAAAUACAGAAAUUUGGAGCAUACCAAUGGGCAAUUUAAAUUGUGGCUUGAACUACUGUACUAAACCUGUCAGGAAGAAGAGAUGUGGUUAGCUUCAGACGAGCACAGCUCAGUCUGGUGCACAGCCUUGAGUGAUGGUACCGCAGCAAACCCUAACACUAAACUUUUACUGUGAAGUCUGCUCACAUUCCAUGUCCAAAUGUAUGCACUCAGAGUUGGUUCUUUCCUUAACAUGAGAAAAGCAGCAACGUGGAUCUCUCUCCCAGCUCAGUGUCUGGGGUCACUCUUUGUGCUCACCUGACUUACAGGAACUUUCUGGAAGGCUGGCUAACUUUGCAGAGCAUAUGAAGUGGAAGCCUCAUGCCAUACAGAGAAACUGCACAGUUGUGCUACAGUAUUUUGAAGUAGUCCUUGAAAUACUUAUCUUUAAGCAGAAGCCCUUGGUCGCACUUUUAAGGUUUUUUUUAUAUAUGUAUAUUCACAGAUUUAAAAAAAAUCCAAACAGCAUACUUGAAGAGUGUAAUACUCAAACUCUCAGUGCUUCCUUAUUGUUUCUAAUAGGAUUUUUUAUUAUAAUUAUUAUUAUUAUUAUUGGGGGUUUUUUUGGAAGGGGUCGGGAGGGUCAUUACGUUUUGGUUUUUUUUUUCCUUUUAAAUAAAGAAGUGAUGUUUUUAAAUGAAGAAAUGCGUGAAUAAUUGUGAACUGUCUUGUCCUGAAACAGUUUUGAGGAGGGCAGAGAGCAGUUUCUAGUGCCAGCCUGUCCAGAGCGCAGCGCUAUUCACACGCCAUUGAUCUGUCCUCCUGGCCGUUCAGAUGCAGCAUCAAGAAAACCUCUCUCUUCUCCACACAUUUUUGUCCUGCAGGGCUUUUUUUUAUCUUUCUCCAGAUGUGAAGGAGAGUAGUUUUAUAUUCCUCAUUUCCACGUCAUCUCUCAUUCCUGGCCUCAGGAUAAGAACAAGGAAUUUCUCUUCAUCCCUUCCUAGGGAAAAGACAGGUUCCUUUAAGGAAAUCAACAGCCCACUUAAAAGAAUGGUUGUCUCAGAAAUAUCUCUGAUUUAGUUUUUAAAUAAAACCCUAAAAAGUGAAACCAAAGCUUUCCUCCUGUCAGGCUCUGGUAGGAUCAUUGCGUGUCUGUAGAGAUCUUUGUGUGCUGUGCCACAGAGAGCAUCAUCCUCUUCAGCCCGGGGCCAGCACUUGGUGUCGGUACCUUCUCGGAGCCCCGAAGGAAAUGUCAGCUUCAAACGUAACUCUCGAGUCCUGGCAACGGGCUGUUGCUGGGACGUGUCGGUGCUGGCAUCUGCCUUCACUCUGUGCUGGUUUUUGACUUGUGUCCCUUUCACUGGAACAAAGCCAAGAUUCAGCUUCCCUCUCCGUGAAAUCCAGAACAACUCCAGGAUUCUCUUUCAAAACCAUUUAUGGUGUUUAGUUAGAUCUUACUGUUUUCCUUCUUUCCAGGCUUAAGUUCCCUCUAGGAUCCAAAUGUUGCCCAAGUGACCUGAACCAGUUGAAAUUGUACAUAGACAUAUAUGGAACAUCAUAUAUAGAUAUAUAGAUAUACACACACACACAGAGCCCUGGGACUUUUUACUAUGAUGCGAAUUCUGGGUUCUGAGAAAUUCCCUCAGACCAGAUUAACAGCCCUGAGGGUCCUCUGAUUUCCAGUGGAAAUCAGUCCCCCCCACCAUCCAGCCAUCCCAUUUCCUUGGAAGAUUCAGUUUAUGUUUCCCAUGGCCCCAGGAAUCUCAGGUACCCCCUUCCCGGGGAUCCCCGCACACCCCUCUCUGCCAUCACGUGCACUAAUCUGCUCCUGUCCUACUUAAAACACAAAUUGCCAAUUGCAACUGACUCAAGCCAAAAAUAACCAUGCUUUCCACAGAGCUGCAGACAGCAGAGGUUGCAUAAAUAUUCCCUCCCUCCCCGAGCUUCUAGCGCCAGCCAAACCCUCUUCUGUUCAUCCCCCUUCUCUGGCUGAUUCACGUCACAUGGGGAACCAUCGUCUUCCCACUGCGAAGCUUUUGUCAGAAAUAAAGGUGUGAACAACAGUAAGAACUGAUUUGGCACAUAAUUGAAGAGCUUUGUUGCCUUUAUUUCUGAAACCUGGUCUUUGUACCUCUCUUUUUCUCAGUUUUGAUCCCGCUAGAGUUGCUUAUGGUAGGUGUUUGUGUGGUCAAGGCAGGAAGGAGUUGGAGGCCCAUGGAUCUGGACACUGGGUGCCACUUGUCCGUAGUAUCUGAAGGAAGUGUUUGUCCCUCCUCUUCUUUGCAUCCUAAUUUCAUUUAGUGUCUCCGCUCUGAGUUGUCUUCAGUAAAUAAUAGCUAAUUUGCCAGAAUAGCUAAUUUGCCAGAAGGCGCAGGCUUAAUAGAAACUUAUCACCUCAAAACUGUUUGGUGAAGGCCAUGUACAUAUGGUUCUGGACAAUGUCUGUCUGUCUGUCUGUCUCUUUCUCUCUCGACAGUUCCUUCCAUUCCAGAGAGUUGUGUGCAGUAAUGCCAUAUAUGAUGCUGCCUCCACUUCUCGUACCCUAACUGCCGUGUGUUUUGCCUUUUGCAUUAGCAGAGCGUUUUGGGGUUCUCCUCUCCCUCUUCAGUUGGAAGGUCUGUGAUGAUUUCUGAUAGCGUAACAAUGAUUAUAUUGUUGGAAAUGUGAUUCUAGCUUUAAAGCUCCCUUCCCUUGUAAGUGGUUGUGUUUGCUUUCUUGAUGAAGCAUUUCUGGAUGAUGCGUAGAAGAUGGUUUCUGCCAUGGAUGUGAGUGUGCAUGUGAGUACCUUUAUUAGCCUUUCCAUGGAUGUACACGUCAUCUCUGAGUUGCAGAAUGUUUCCCAAAACAUUUCAUAUUCAGAGUUGAAACGAUUCUAAAAUUGCUUAGAUAUGUUUAGCACAUAUCAACUUGGCAUAUAAAAAGGGAAGAAUGUAACGGACUGCGUUAGUUCAAAAAGCAGCAGGUCUUCAUUGAAAUUCUGUAGUUCAAAUGAAGUUCACAUUUCCCCCAUUUGCUUUCGAAAUGUAAAGAAAGAAAAUCUUGAUGCAAAAAAACUACCAUUUUAAAUUUUAUAAAGUUUUGUUUUCUGUCAGCCUCAUUAGUUUAGUUUAAUGAUACUGAGCAUGCUCACAGCAAUUAUUUCAUUGGUUUAUUCCAGUCCCAUGAAUUCUUAGGGUCUAAUCAGAUGAAAUGUUGAGUUCUGUACAUGUUGCACUGGGACAGAAAAGCACUGUCUUUCAGCUUUGAAAAUGUGCAUUUUUUUUAUUAAAAAAGCAGCAUUAUAACAAAAGAAGCCACGCUACAAAGGGGUUCAAGAUUGGGUAGUUUUGCCAGUUUUUAAGUGAAUUCUGAAUGUGGCUAAAGAGUUAAAAACCCUGUGUGUCUGUGUUGUGUAUGCCAGGUGGUCUAGUCGUAGGCAAUUGACUUAGCUGUAAGUGUGUUUUAAAAGUGUAAAAAAAUAAACAGAAAAACUCACUUGCACGGGUUGAAAAGUACAGAAAUGACACUUGUGAACGUAACACUGUAGUUUAUAGAUCUUAAGCUGCUAAUUGUUGAGAGAGAUUUACAUUUGUCUUGUCUGAUUGUUGCAGAUUUAUCUGUGACACUUUUACUGUAUAUAAAAAACUUUAAAUAAAGACCUCAGCUAUUAA